AUGGAAAGCGAUUCGAACUCUUACGACUCGGAUGAAUAUCCGGAAAUCCACCCUAGCUUCGAUGCACUCCAAAGUCACAUCCUCUCAGACCUCAAUCUGACACUUACGCGCUGGGAGAAGCUCACGAGAGGACGAUAUCAUGAGAUCUAUAUUCUCUAUACCUCGUUGGCCGACAGAUCCGAAGGCAACAACUUGAUUGUUCGUUUCUCGCGCUUCGUUGAAUCUCCCCAGAAGCUCCAAAGUGAAAUCGCGACGAUGCGCUAUGUCCGCCUGCACACCAAAAUCCCUGUUCCUGAAGUGUAUCUCGCCGACACAUCCCCGGACAACCAUGUUGGAGCACAGUACGUCGUCAUGCAGCAAAUGGAAGGACAGCGCCUAUAUCGUAUCUGGGAUGAGCUUACCAUCGAGCACCAGAAAGCUGUCCUGGGUCAAAUCGCGGCGGUCCUUGCCCAGCUGGCAAACUGCAAAUUUGAUUCUAUUGGCUGCCUUCAGGACGAUUUCAAUGUUGGACCCCUGAUUCAUUCGGUCGGCGUAAAGGAGGAUGGGAUAGAAUCGCUUCGUAUCCUUCGCAAGGGCCCAUUCACGACGGCGUUGGACUACCUUGAGUCGUUUUUAGAAGACGUUCCCCAUUUGCCCCGGCUCGAACCGCUCAUGGCAGAUGUCAAGCUGCUCCUUCGAACUCACUUUGCAUCGCAAGACCCUGCCAGGCUUCUGCAGCCUCCGUUCCGCCUCAUUCACGCCGACUUCGACGCUCAAAACAUGCUUUUCACCGCUCCAACCAACGAGAACGAUGGCCCUCCUCGUCUCACUGCCAUACUCGACUGGGAAUAUGCCCACACAGGACCUCUUUACUUCCUCUACGACUACCCUAUCUUCGUGCAAGAUGCGGAUUGGUCCAAGGAGCUAUUCUCGAGGAACGCCUUGCUGCGCCGUGCGUUUUGUCACGCCCUUAGGGAUCGGUUCGAAGAGGGCUCCGAAGAGCGUGAACAAGCCAAAGCGGUUCUUCCUGCUGGUAAAAAUUCAAGGCUCAAUAACUUUGCCGCUAUCUUCAUGGGAGGUCUUGAGUGGGAUUGGGAUUUGAUGGAGGGAGUUGUGGAUGGAUAUAUUCAGGAUGAAAAGGCGGGGACUGGGAAAGCAUAUACAGGAAGACUAGACUGGGCCCCUGACCCAGAUACGUGA